AUGACUGACUCCGAAGUACAGAAUAUCAAUGCGAAGAGCUCUUUUGCCGAAGAACGACUAGGCUGGACUGGAUACGUUGAAUGGGAGCAGUAUCCAGAAAAGAAGGCUUUAGCUUCAAAGGUCCUUGCUGCAAGCAAAUUUACACCGAUUCCAGAAUUUCAAUUCGUUCCUUUGCCCACCACGAACCCGGUACUCAUUGGACACAGAUGGAAGGAAUACCAUGACGUGCUUGGAUUGAAAAGCAUCGUCGACUUUAGCUGGGAGACGGUCCAGCGUGAGAAGCCUGAUCUUCUACACCUCCUUGACUUCCCGUAUAACGGUGAAACAAAGAGAGAUCAGCUUUUACAAGGCAAGCUCACAGACAACAAAUAUCAUUUUGUUCGCAAUCAUGGUGGGGUGCCUAAUAUCAACGAGAAUGAUUACGAGCUCGAGAUUGCUGGUCUGGUUAACAAACCUAUCAAAAUCUCACUGAAAGACCUGAAGGAUCCCGAGAAAUUUCCGCAAGCAGAGGUCACGGUGACUAUCCAGUGCAGCGGGACUCGCCGCAUCGAACAAAUCAACGUAUAUCCCGGUGACGGUGACGAGCUCAUCAAUGCACCCUGGGGUAAAGGGACAGCGGUUUACCGAGGUGUUCCCCUCAAAAAAGUUCUUAAACUCGCUUGCGGUGGUGUCCUUCCCGAAUGCGAACACCUUGAAUUUAUCGGCGCAGAUACUUAUUUCAAGAAAAAUAAUGUAUUCAACUAUGCCGUCUCAGUUCCUUUGCGUAAAGUCCGUGCUUCUUCUGGCACCGAAGUCCUUCUUGCUUGGGAGAUGAAUGGCGCUCCUUUGCCCAAAAUUCAUGGAGCGCCACUCCGCCUCGUGGUCGCAGGAUAUAUCGGUGCUCGCAGCUGCAAAUGGGUAUAUAAGAUCAAUGCAUUGAAGGAACCAAGUAUGGGACCAGUACAGAGACAGGAAUACCUGUAUUACACGCCGCAGAUCGGGAAACAAAAUGCAAAAUAUUCCAAUGGGUUCUCGAUUCAGAACAUGCCAGUCUCGAGCGCCAUAAUAUAUCCUCUAGAUAAGCAAGUCGUCGUGCAUUCAGGUAAAAUCACGAUGCAAGGUUGGGCGUACAGUGGAGGCGGAAACUGGGUACAGCGUGUCGAGGUAUCCAAUGAUGGAGGUUCAGUCUGGUACGCAGUCGAAGAAGAGAAUAUGACUACAAAGCACUAUUACGCAUGGAGAUUAUGGAAAUUCGACCUCCCUGUUGACGCAGAAGGGUGGCUUGAACUUUGUGUGCGGACAUGGGAUUCUUCCAACAAUACUGAGCCUACUUUCGUAAGGUCUGCUUGGAACUGGGACCUUCACGUCACCUCUUCUGCUCAUCGCAUCAAAGUUUACAGUAUCAACACCUCGCGCCCUGCGACCGCACAACGGCUACGGGAGCUUGAAGCACAUGGGCAGGGUAUUGAGAAGCAGUCAUUAUCACAUCCAGCUGAGUUCACGCUGGAGCCGGAGCAAGAUUAUCUAGAAAAGUAUAGGCAGUACCCUCGAGAGCCAACUGAUUGA